AUGUCACGAUAUUCUGUUUCAAAAGACAUUCAAGUCCCUGUAUGCGGAAUACCAUACAACUUAAACAAGGAUCUUCUUGCUGAAAAAUCAUCGAAACUUUGUAAGCUAUUUAAAGAGAACCCUGAUGAAGACAUUUGUAAUCUAUUCUGUGAUAUUCAUAUCAACCGCCAUACUUUUGAGACCGUUGCAAGAUUCUGCUAUGGUUUCCCUGUCCACUUCACACCUGAAAACGUCAUUCCAAUUUCUUGUUUGGCUGGCUAUUUGGGUAUGACAGAUACCCAUUGCUCGCACAAUCUCCUGAAUCAAUCUCUAUCGUUUUUCAAACACAAAAUUCUCACUGGCUGGAAUGAAUCAUUGAAAUCAUUAAAGGCGAUAGAUGAUCACUCCAUUCUUCAACAAGCAGUAAACCUUGGUCUUGUUGAUGGUUGUAUGGAUUCCCUUAUCAAUAAAGCUGUUGAUAAUCCUCUUUUACUUGGCGAUCCAAUAAAGGCUCCAACUUUUGAUGAUGAAGAUGAGGACGAUGAUGAUGAUGAUGGUCACAGGUUUGAUGGAAACGUUUACAAUCCAAAUGCUAAACGACAACUCUUUGUUCUUGAUUGGAAGUCAGAAGACUUGAGCUUAACUGAACUUCAUCUUGAAUUUUAUGAGCCUAUAAUCCGUGCGAUGAUUCAAUCCAAAGUGGGCUCCAACUACAUUGCAUCAAAUCUUUAUCAAUAUUUCAAAAGUUGGGUGUUUUUUGAACCAAAAGAAACUGACGAAGAAUCAUCUUCUUCUGAAGGCGUUUCUUCUUCUAAUUCGAAAAGAUUAGCCAUUGAAGCAAUCGAAAGACUUUUACCCCAUGACCGGGGGAUCCUCCCUUGUGCAUUACUAUCAGAAAUGCUUCAAUACGCAACUGUUUUAGAAGCUAACGCUAACUGUAGAGAAGGGUUUGAAGUGAGGAUCGGGAGGCAACUAGAUUUAGCAACGAUUAAUGACUUGCUGAUACCAUCUCAAAGCUAUUCAAGAGAUGAAAAGUAUGAUACAGAGUGUGUUAGAAGAAUCUUGAAGCAUUUUUACAGCAGUUUCAACGGGGAAAACCAAUCCGGGCUCUACAUUGUGGCUGAACUUCUUGAAGAUUUCUUAAGUGAGGUAGCCAACGACAUUGAUUUGAAAAAGGACUCGUUUAUAUCACUUUCUGAAAUGUCAAAUGCUGCAUCAGAAGGAACACAAAAAACCUCAGAUGGGAUAUAUCGGGCCAUAGACAUAUACUUAAAUAAACACAGAUAUUUUACAGAAUCCGAACGUGAAGAGAUUUGUGCUGUUAUGGAUUGCAACAAGAUGUCACAAGUGGCAUGUGAGCACGCAGCACAAAACGAGAGACUUCCAGUCCGUGUAGCGGUUCAGGUUCUGUUUGUAGGUCAGUUACACUUAAGGGAAACGAUCACUAAGGAGGCAGCAGGGUCAGAAGAUGAUUCAAAAAGGCUUACAGAGGUCAGAGAGGAAGAGAAAGCAAAGUUAGAAUUGGAGAAAAUGAGUAGUAAGGUGAAGGAACUUGAGAAAGAAUGUCUUGUGAUGAGGAAGGAGAUCCAAAAAGGUUAUUUAAGGAAAGCAACGAUGGAAAGUGAGAAAACAAAUGUUUGGCAGGAUAUGAAGAGGAAGUUCGGGUGCUUAUCAAGCCUCAACCACAAUAACUGUCAUGUGAAAAAGAAGGUUCAUCCAAGGUAG